AUGGCGCCCAAGUGCAUUGUCGUCGGUGCUUUGAAUGGCCAACUGCGACCUUUCUUCACCAAACUCGGCAAGCUUCAGCCAAAGCAAAACUUCUCAUUUGCGAUGAUUGUCGGUGACGUCUUCGGCGAUGCCUCAUCUGAAGAAGAGCUUGCAGAGAUUUCCGCGCUGAUCCAAGGAGAAAUUGAGGUCGCGUGUCCGACUUACUUUGGUCUGGGAAAUCGCCCCCUCCCUGCUCAAGUGAUCAAAAAAAUUGAAGCCGACGAUGAAGUGUGUCCUAACUUGUUCUUCCUGGGAAAGCGCGGGAACUUGAAGACCACAGAAGGUCUUCGGAUCGCUACUCUUGGCGGCACUCUGGGUGACUCUGGGGAAUCUAAGCCUGAAAGCAAUGCCAGCGGCAAAUUCCAGCCAACAUACAGCGAAGCGGAUGCGCGCGCACUGUUCGGCAUUCACAAAACAGAUAUCCUAAUGACCAAUCAAUGGCCGAAAGACGUUCGCCUUGGAUCGGGACAAACAGUGUCGGGAGACGAAGCAUCAUUGCCAUCUGAACUUCAAUGUCUCGCUGAUGUUUCAGCUACUAUCAAGCCCAGAUAUCAUUUCGCUAGCUCAGAUGGCGCUUUCUAUGAACGCGAGCCUUUCUUCCACUUGCCAGCACAGGAAGGCGAUGGCUAUCAGAUCACACGCUUCAUUUCAUUGCCCGCAUACGGAUCACGCAAGGACGCACUGUACGCCUUCAGCUUGGACCCAACGACACCACCAGUGUUCAGCAUCCCUCCCGGUUGUACCAUCUGCCCUUGGUCUGCAGCUCAAAGCAAGCGCAAAGGCCUACCCAGCCAGAAAGACUCGUUCCAGCGCUUUGCUCCCUCAGACAGAGAGAGAGACCCAGGUCACAGACGUCGCCACAAGCAACGUGCCCCUCCGCCGGGCCCCGAUCAGUGCUUCUUCUGUCUGUCAAACCCUAACAUCGCCACCCAUCUCGUCACUUCAAUUGGAAAUGACAGCUACAUCACUACAGCCAAGGGCCCUCUCCCCUCAGCAUCUUUCUUCCCUUCACUUGGUUUCCCAGGUCACAUGCUCAUCAUCCCCUUCGAGCACUCCCCCACCAUCGACCUCAUCUUCGACCCCGCAGCUCGGGCUUCAACCUUCGCUGAGAUGCAGCGCUACCGCGAAUCCCUUCACAAGAUGCUCAACGAGAAGUCAGGUGGCAAGCUUGGCGCUGUGACAUGGGAAGUCAGCCGCUCCGGCGGCAUCCACACACACUGGCAAUUCCUCCCAGUGCCAGUGGAGAUGAUCCGCGGACGUCUAGUGGAAGCCGCAUUCCAAAAGGAAGCCUCGAACCUCGGCUAUGACAAAUUCAAGACCAUCCCAGACCGUGACCAAAUCGACCAGCACAACAUGACUGAUUACUUCCGUCUGUUCAUCUGGACCCCUUCCCAAGCCAAGAGUGAGGCUCAGAGUGAAGGCGAGGCGCAAGAUCUGUGGGCGGCCGACGGCCAUAAGGGCGUUUACAAGACUGAAUCUGGCGAAGAGAAGAUCACCAUGAUGCCCAUUGUGCCGGAGACGCGGUUCGAUUUGCAGUUCGGUCGUCGCGUCAUGGGCAAGCUGCUGUUGCUAGACAAGCGCUUGGAUUGGAAGGAUUGCACACAGACGGAGGAAGAAGAGACAAAGGAGGCAGAGGCCUUCAAAGAAGCAUUCAAAGGUCAUGACUUCACUAUGGAGAUGGAAGAGUGA